CUUCUCCCGCAGUUGCCUUCUUCGCCCCCACUGGGCUCUAUUUUCCUUUUUUAUUCCUUUUUUUUGGUGUUUUUUUUUUAAUUUUAAUUUUUAGUUUUUACAAAUUUUAAUUUUAAUUUUUGUUUUUCUUCUUCCUCCUCCUCCUGUCAGAGGCAGAGGACACUCUCUGUUCCUCUCCAACUCGAUCUGUAGAUUUUCAGUUCAGAGAACUCCGUAUCCGUCGCUUUCGUUCCCUCCGAUGGCACAAGAUUCAACCCCUACUGCUCCAGAUUCUUCUUCUUCUUCUUCUUCUUCUUCGUCUUCGUCUUCGUCUUCUUCCCCUUCUUCUUCUGCGCCAUCGCAAUCGGAUCCAUCUCUGUCUCGGAACUCUUCUCUCAGUCGUCUCAACGCGCAGGCUCCUGAGUUUGUGCCUACUCGACCCUCUCCUCGUCCCGAUCUACAACCGCAGCAGUCGGCCCCCGGGCCACCGCCUCCUCCGCAGAAGCAAUCGCCCAGGAUUCUGAUCCCUUCUCCUCCGCCGCCGCCUGGUGUGCUGCAUGUUUAUCCUCCGCAUCCGCCGGGUUCUCCCUUCCAUGUUCCCAUUCAGAGUCCUGUGCCCGUACCCACUCGUGUGGUUUCUAUUCAGAAUCAUCAUUAUCAUCCCCAUCACCGCCACCACCAUCAUUCCCAUCAUGUUCCUGUGCUUUAUCACCCUCAUAACCCUCAGUAUUAUGCCGAUAACGGUGGGUUUCAUGAGCCAGACGCAGUUGUGCAACAACCUCAGAAGCCUCAGGUUGAGUCCGAUUAUGCUGCUCCAUCUAGAAGUAAACUCACUGAGGAAGUCUCCCAAAAGCUCUUGAAUCAGGUGGAAUAUUAUUUCAGUGAUUUAAACUUGGCAACUACUGAUCAUUUGAUGAGGUUCAUCAAUAAAGAUCCCGAUGGAUGUGUGCCUAUAUCGGUUGUUGCAUCAUUCAAGAAGAUUAAGGCUCUCAUUAGUAGUCACUCACAGCUAGCCAAUAUUUUGCGGAAAUCUUCUAAGCUUAUGGUUAGUGAAGAUGGAAAGAAAGUUAGACGUAAACUACCUCUUUCUGAAUCAGAUAUGGAGGAGCUGCAAUCUCGCAUAGUAAUUGCGGAGAACUUACCUGAGGAUCAUUGCCACCAAAACCUCAUGAAGAUUUUUUCUGCUGUUGGGAGUGUUAAGAAUAUUCGAACUUGUCAACCUCAAAUCUCUGAUAGUGGAGCUUCUUCAACAUCUAAAUCAGCAAAAGCUGAUGGAAUGCAUUACAGUAACAAGUUGCAUGCAUUUGUGGAAUAUGAAUCAGUUGAGCUGGCUGAGAAGGCUGUUGCAGAAUUAAAUGAUGAAGGGAAUUGGAGAAAUGCACUUAGGGUUCGUUUGAUGCUUACGUGCACGUCAAAAUCUGCUCCAGUUCGUGUGAAGAAGGGAAAUAACGGGGAGAUGAACUGCAAAGAUGAUGAUACCUCUGAUCAACUGCGUAAUGAGAAGCAUGUAGACUAUCUUUCUGAUCAAGCUGAUGCUCCUCCGCAGGAACAACGAGAGGAGCAGGGAAAUGAAAAGGAUGCUGGUGGGCAGAGAAGGGUCCGAAGCAGGGUACGCAGUAAAGGACGUGGUCGAUCGCAGUACCAUCAUAAUAACCAUGUGGGAACUCCACCUUCAAGUAGUUCUACUAGCAUCGAGCAGGCAAAGCAGCAGCCGCCACCACCGGGGCCUCGCAUGCCAGAUGGGACAAGAGGGUUCGCCAUGGGGCGGGGGAAGCCGGUGAGUGUGAAUAUGACUUGAAAACCAAACAUUUCAACUGAAUGGAAUACAGUGAGGGGGGGUGUGUCUAAUCAUAGGCAAAAGAAAAGAAUGCAAUGGUGUUUGUUGAUGGCAGGGUUUUUAGUGGGGCUGUCAAAUCCAUUGCAUACAGAAAUGUGAUGGUUCCAGAACUAAGAGUUUACUUUCGAAUGUAUUUUUAAGCAAGGAAAGAUUUGAUUCAGCUUUUUAAUCUCCUCUUUCCUUUAGGGAUUCAUUAACGAUUAUUAUUUUAAGUAAUAUGUUAAAACCAAUGGGGAAGGAAGUUGGUGACUCAAUUUGCCUUGUCCCUUCCCUUGCCUUGUAUAAUGCAAACCUGCUCAUUGUGUUUGCUUCUCUA